AUGUCAUCGGCAAAUCAACCUAUUGAAAAAAUAAGAUUACAUAUUCAAGAAAAUAUUAAAAAAAUUGACGCAAGAAUUUCUCAACAAGAAAAUGCGGUUAUAAUCGUUGGUGAAACGAGAGAAGGGAAGACUACUUUAUUCAACUACUUAAUUGGAAAUUCCUUGUUUAGUAAAGAAAAUUUUGAUUGCGGUGGAUUUGAAAUUUAUAGUGGCAUUAAAACUUAUAUCGGUGAUCCCUUAAAUAAUACAAAUAUUUAUAAUCGAUCUAUUUCACAAACUACUUUACCAUUAAAUCAAGGUGAAUUUUGGGAUUGUCCUGGUUUUGGAGAUUCACGCGGUGAUGAACAAAAUAUUAUAAAUGCUUAUUCAAUUUAUAUGUUAACUAAAAAUAUCAAAAAAUUGAAAGUCUUAAUUGUAGUUUCUGAAGCUACAAUUAUUGAGACAAGCAAAAAGAAGCUUUUAAACAUUAUUAAGUACUUAGGUGAAAUUUUUAAAAAUAACAUUGAUUUGGUUAAGGGAUUAUGCUUGGUGGUAACGCAAAAAAAUAACCUUGAUUUGAGAAAAGUGAGAAAUAUAUUUAAUAGAAUCAUUAGAGAACGAAAUGGACAAGAAAGCUUUAGUUUAUCCCAAAGAAAUAUACUCAACGUUUUAUCCUCUAAUAGAAGUCAAAUUGCCUUUUUUAACACACCUCGUGAAGAUGAAUUAAUUUCUGAUAAAGAUAGAUUGGAAAUCUUAAAUUGCAUAGAAAAAAUUUCUUACGUUGAAAACCUUAAACCUAGCUUUUCCUUAGAGCCGAGCACGGUGCAUUUUAUUGAAAAUCUAAUAGGAGUGUUCUAUAAAGACGUAGAAAAUUUUAUGUCGAAUAAAUUUUAUCCUGCAUUGCUAAACUACAUUGAAAGUCUUAUAGAUAGUCAUGACGACACGGUUGAAAAAUUAAGAGAAUCUUUAAAUGAAUUUAUUGACGAAUUGGAAAAAAUUAUAUCACAUGAUAAAGAACUACAACAAUUUGAAAAUAAUCUUAAUCAAAUUCUCUUAAUCAUUAACCGCUUAAAUAGGAAUGAUCUCAAAGAUGAACUUUCAAAAAAAAUUUUUCAAUUAGAUUUUAUUAAAGUUGUAAAGACAGAAUCAAUUACUAUCGAAGGGGAUACAAAUAGAUGGUAUCACUUUAUAUCCGAACUUAUUGAUGUUAUAGGUUUAUUAAAGUCUAAACCUGAACCUAAAACAAAUGAAGGAGGGCAAGUGCUAACUUUCGAAGGCGCAAUUAUUGGAACCGAGGAUAUUCAAAUUAUUUCCAACACAAUCAAAGAGAUAAAUGUGUACAGUUUGAAUAGUUUAUUUAUUGAUAAAGAUAUAAUUGCACCAGGAGCAUUUCUGACAUUCAUAUCCCCUCAAUUUCGUGUUAUUGGUAAAAGAACAAUUAAUUUGAAAGGUGAAAUAGGUCCUUCACAUAAUUUAAGAAAGGCUGACGAUGGAAUAAAAGAAACAAUCAACAACCAAGAUGCGUGUGAUGAAGAGAUUAAAGAUGCAAAUGAUGACAUUAAUGAGAACAUUAAUAAAGUCAAAAAAAUCGACAGAAUUCAUAAAGACGAAGAAAGUAAUGGUGUUAAAGAAAUAAUCAGUAAACAAGACUUGUAUGAUGAAAUGAAUAAAAAAGGAAUAAAUUACGAAAUUAUUAAUAAACUAGAAGCAAGUGAUGAGAUUACUAAAGAAAAAACGAGCGACAAAAUUAAUAUGGAAGAAACAAAUAACUCAAUUAGAAUUAAUAAAGAUGAUAAAAAAAAGGCAAGUCCAGAAAUGCAUGGAAAAGACGGUUUACCUGGGUUACCUGGUGGAAACGGAGGUCAUUUCUAUGCCAAAGGAAGAAAUUUUAUUAAUCUCUCUUCGCUAACUAUUGAUAUUAGUGGUGGUGAUGGUGGUAAAGGGCAAGAUGGUGGUAAUGGUGCUGACGGACUGUUAGGUUCUGAUUCUGGAAAAAAAAUGGUAGAAGAUAAAGAAGAAUCAGCUUUAGUUUCACGAAAAAAAGUAUCGGGAGCACUUAAAGAAAUAGUAGAAAAAGGUGUUAUAGAUACAGCAGAAAAAGGCUUUAAAUUUUUUUUCACUUUUAAUGAAAAAUAUAAAGAAGUAUAUGAAGCCUAUGACCCAGGACAAGAAGGUGGAGAUGCUGGGCGAGGAGGAGUGGGUGGCAAUGCAGGAAGUCAUGGUAUUGAACAUAUAGAUUUAGAUGGUUUACAAGAAAAACCUACUAUUUUUAAAGAAAAUAAUAGAAAAGGCAUAGAUGGAAAAGACGGAUCACCUGGCCGUGGAGGAAAAAAUGGACCAAAGUACCAUGGAAUAUAUAUUAACGAAAUAUCAUAUUCUGGAUUUAAAGGUUACGAAGAAUUUGAUUUUGAAUCUACUGAUAGUACAACAAGAACGGUAGAAAUUACAGAUUUGACGGAAUUUGAUACUAUAUGCAUUGAUGAAGGAGCAAUUACAAGUUCCAAGGAAUCAGAUACUGAAUCCACCGAUAGUGCUGCAGGAACAGAUUCUAAAAUAUCAGAUACUGAUUCUAACAAUGAUCUAAUAGCAAAAGCUUAUAGAUUAUCAACAUCUUAUAUAGGAACAGUAGCAGCUUUAGGAUAUAAUAUUGUACCUAUUGUAGCUAAAGAACUUGGUAAAAAUGCAAUAAAAGUUGGUUCACUAACUGGUGCUUCACUUGCUGCAGGAAUAGGAGUUGGCCUUGCAAUUCCAUUAGUAAUAUCUCCAGUGAGCGCUCAUUUCUCAAGCCAUUGGGAAGAAAAACCCAAUAAAUUAGAUCAUGAAAGCUUUGCAUCCGAUGGAAUAUCACCUAGCCCACUAAAUGAUAAAAGUGAAUCCAGCUUAACAAAAUAUGAAAAAAGCGAUAUCCCUUCUGAUUAUUCAAAAAAACUUUCAAAAAAACUUUCAGAUUAUAACAAAUUUU